GCCCUGGUACCUUGUAUGCAACUCGGAGCUCGCUCGGCCCGGGGAUUUCGCGCACAUGCGUAAUGUGCGCAGAUUUUCUUUGAAUGUAGUGAGAAGCGCACAUCAAACAGGCGCUAGGACCGAAACAGAUAUUGAAUCGACAGUCUGGCUCCGCCAGUUCGACGGGAUACUGCGUCGUGGUGUGAAUUGUUCAAAAUGUGCGGUCCAGACAAAAAUGAUAUGCCUCGCACUAAAUUUGCUAACGCGCAUGGUCUAAAUUUGGAAGAGAUUUUUAAUCCAAACGUACCGACAGAUGAAUUUAAUAUUGUGACUCCUGAGGAUGGUCGUCUAUUUGGUUCGAAUAUGGUGUUACCCUGCUUACCAAGAAAUCCUGAGCCAAUGUCGAAGGAAAAACGUGAAGAAUUAUCAGCCAAAAUUCGACUUGCACGUCAGCGACGUCGCAAUGAAGACGAGGUGGUUGUUAAGAAAGUGUUCAUUGGAGGGAACCCCAAGCAAUUGUGGAAAUGUUCGACCAAAGAAUAUGGUCGUAAUGUGAACAAGGAUAAGCGUAAACAAAAUUACGCAUUUUCACGACGAGAGUAAUCUUCUUCAAGUCCUACCUGCCCAUAACAACAUACUUGAAGCAUACGUAAAGGACACCGAACGUAAUUUCGAAAUGGCACCUAACGCAACGGCUUACUUAUACCUAAUUAGAUUUAUUGUUGCAAGAAGAUGUAAUAGUAGUUUAAGGUGUUUUUGGCAAUCAACAAAAUGCCUUAAUUUGAUGCUAUUUGUACCACAUAACUUAUGUGUUCAGUAUUGAUAAAUUUUUAAUACUAUCAAAAUUAAUUGAAAAACAUGUUCUACCCUUAAACAUUGCAAUACACCUUUCUGUAACACUAGUUAUAAUUUUGAUGUGGGUGUUACUCCGUGUCGUGUCGUCUCGUGUCGUGUCGUGUCCUGUCGUGUCGUUUCGUGACGUGCCGUAUCGUGUCGUGCAUUAUAGAUAUAGUAGUUUUUUUAACAAAGUGUGUCGGAUGAAAAGUAGUUUCAAAUAUCGACGGACUACAAGCCAAGUAAUAAGUGUGUUAAUUUUUCUGUGGUGGAAUCCAAUAAACAUGUUUAUAACUGACAAAAAACUGUUAAGUUACAACCUCGGUAUGGCACUGAAAAGUGCAUGAAAAGUAUACUGUAAUGUUAGAUAACUCAUUUUACAAAAAAAAUGAC